AUGGAACCUACCCAAUUGAUUUCUCAAGAGUGGGAUUCUCUAAGUGGACAGUACACAGCUGAAGAAGCUGAUUUCAUGACUCACUUCCUUGGUGGUAACUAUUCAUGUUUUCCUUCUAAUGUUGCAAAUGCUAAUGCUAAUUUUAUGUAUUUCUCUCAAGGGAUUAGCUCAAAGACUGAUUAUAGUGAUGACAUAUUUCCUACCAUUACAGCAAGUAAUGGACCAUACCUAUGUAAUCCGGCAACAGACAUUGAUUCACUAUCCAUGUUUUUUAGUCCACAAUAUUUGGAUGAUAACUUAAUCAAACAGAUAAACUAUGAAGGCAUUGAUCAUGAAAGGUUAUGUUUAGAGUCAGCUUCACAAGCGGAUCGAACUAUAAACAUGGAGAACCCUGCUAAAAGAUUUAGGAGCUCAAUAGAGGUUUCAGAAAACACGAGAAAUGGCUCCAACUACUGUUUUUCACAUAACUCAAAUGCUUUUUUGGUGCUAAAUGGAGGAACAUCUCCAAGUCUAAACCCAAAAGAAAACGAAGUGACGAAUUUAGGUAGAAAAUCAAGAGCAAGAAAUGGUCAUGCUACUGAUUCUCAGAGCAUUUAUGCAAGAAGGAGAAGAGAAAGAAUAAAUGAAAGGUUGAGAAUCUUGCAGACCCUUGUCCCAAAUGGAACUAAGGUGGACAUUAGUACCAUGCUUGAAGAAGCUGUUCAAUAUGUCAAGUUUUUGCAGCUUCAAAUUAAGGUUCUAAGCUCUGAGGAUAUGUGGAUGUAUGCUCCAUUAGCUUACAAUGGAAUCAACAUUGGAUUAGACCUCACUUUUUCUUCUCCAACAAAUUAA